AUGAACCGGCUUCCACCGUCUAUCUCUGAACACAUCCCACGACCAGCAUUCAUCGAAAUCAACGGACAACCACCGGACCACUUAGCUAAAGGAAAAUGCAUCCGCCUUAUAGAGGACAUGAAGAGAAGAACAUCAGGUGCUAUUCGAGCUGGAUUUACUCCACCGCUUGAAGUGGAAAAUAAAGUAAGACAAUGGGCUGCCGCGUACCCUGCACACUGGGCCCUAGCGUCUGAGACGUCGGACGGUAUGGUGACCGAGCACAUCGAGGAGGACGCGAACGUGGACUACGAGAUGCUGCUCACAGGAUUACGGGCCUGUGCUGCCAAGAAGCCGCGCACGACAAUCUUGGAUCGAAUUUCGAAGAACACCAAGGAAUUGUUGGAAAGAAGAAGAGCUUUGAGGCUUGAUCCGAAUGCAUCGCACAUUGAGCGGGAUCUCCGCGAAUAUAUUAUUCCGCUAGCAGUCUUGCUGAGCGAAGACGGGACUCUCACGUUUUCUCGUCGUGAGAUGGAAAUUAUUACGGAGAGGUUCCACUCAAACCUUCUCCGUUCAUCAACUCCUGUGUCAAGCCCGAUCAUCCCCACUGGUGAAGCUCCACCACGGACUCUCCCUUCGGAAGUGCGAGUCGCUAUCAAGAGCAUUAAACCUGGCACAGCCCCCGGACCUGAUUUUAUAUCAGCAGACUUUCUUCGGGCUGGUGGUCAUCCACUUCAUGUAAUCUUAGCAGCGCACGUGACAUUCUACCUUUAG